GUUAACUACUUCAACUGACCUAGUGGAGGGGUAUCUGAUUUUGCAGAUGCGAUUUACUUUUGGCGCCUAAUGGAGCUCCGCUUAUGCCCGCCGCCGUACGUGAUUGGGGAUAGCGUUCGACUCUUCUCAAAGGCACCUAAACGCUACGACGGCUUCUGCAGUUACCAUUUCCGGCCAAAUCUGCAGGUCAAAUGUGCUACACUCACCAAACAAAGUCACCGAUUCCUCUCUACUUUGGCCACAACCGCCGCCGCCGGCGACCAUUCAGCUACCAAUCGGUUGAUUCGGAAGUUUGUUGCGAGUUCUCCGAAAUCUAUUACUCUCAAUGUCCUCUCCGAUAUCCUUUCCUCUCGCACGGCUCAACCUGGACUCUGCUCUGUUGCUCUCACCUUAUAUUCCAGAAUUACUGAGACGUCCUGGUUCACAUGGAAUUCCAAGCUAGUUGCUGACCUUGUUGCCUUCCUCGAUAAAAAUGGACAGAUUGUUGACUCGGAAACCCUAAUUUCCGAGGCAAUUUCGAAAUUAGGGAUUCAAGAAAGGAAGCUUGUGAACUUCUACUGUCAGCUGGUUGAAUCUCAAUCCAAACACGGUUCAGAAAGAGGAUUUGGUAACGCAUAUGCUUGUCUUCUUGAGCUUCUUUAUAAUUCGUCCUCGAUUUAUGUGAAACGUCGAGCUUAUGAAUCAAUGGUUACUGGUUUGUGCUCCAUGAAAAGGCCUCAGGAAGCUGAGAGUUUGGUAAAAGAAAUGAAAGCCAAAGGAUUUGCUCCUGCUGCAUUUGAAUACAGGUCCAUUAUUUACGCAUAUGGAACAUUGGGGUUGUUUGAAGAUAUGAAGAGGAGUUUGGAAGAGAUGAAGAACGAUGAUAUUGCUUUAGACACAGUUUGUUCUAACAUGGUGCUUUCAUCAUAUGGAGCUCAUAAUAAGCUUGCAGAUAUGGUUCUAUGGCUUCAAAUAAUGAAAACUUCUGCUCUUCCUUUCUCGGUUCGGACGUACAAUUCUGUCUUGAAUUCAUGUCCGAAGAUUACGUCGAUACUACAAGACAAGAGCGGCGAUCUUCCAGUGUUGAUUGAAGACUUGAUCACGGUUCUGGACGGCGAUGAGGCUUUGUUGGUUGAAGAGUUGGUUGGUUCAUCUGUUUUGAAAGAAGUAAUGGUGUGGGAUGCAAUGGAGAUGAAGUUGGAUUUGCAUGGAGUACAUGUUGGUGCAGCUUAUGUGAUCAUUUUGGAGUGGAUGAAGGAGAUGAGACUGAAGUUUGAGGAUGAGAGCUGUGUGAUUCCAGCACAAGUUACAGUGAUUUGUGGAUCUGGAAACCAUAGUAUUGUUAGAGGAGAGUCUCCUGUAAAAGCUCUGAUUAGAGAGAUUAUGUUUCGGACACAAAGUCCGCUGAGAAUUGAUCGAAAGAACACUGGUUGCUUUCUCGCCAAAGGAAAAGCUGUAAAGAAUUGGUGGCUCCCCAAGUAGCUGGAAGCCUAGUAGAGUUCACUGGAGGCAAGGAACAGACGUUGAUAUUGAGCGGUAGGAGACGAUAUUGCAG